GCCAUGUCAAUCUUACAGGCUUGGGAAAAGGUUCUUGCCUGAAAGGAGAUUGCAAUAUUGCUGGAUCGUUUGCUGCAAUGUUGAUUUUUGGUUGAUAUAAAUUCUAGCACGGGCAGAGUUCCAGCUCCCCAUGCUAGAAGAGAUACGUCCUGCGUCUGUGGUAUAAUAGAGCGGACUGGUCACUCAACAUGCUAUGAAUGUGUCGGACCCAUCCCGCACAGAGCUAUGCCGCCCUAGGCAUAUCACGAGUGAUAUUAGGGGUUCAUUGGCACCAUCCGAUGCUCGUUGCUUUUCAUUUUCAGUACGGAGUACUCCGUACACUGCCCAGCUCUACGACGCACCUUGUUACGGAUGUGGAUCCUCCCCCGGCAAGGGAAAAAGGGGGGGGGGGGGGCCUCUCACUUUCAGCAGCACUUUUUAUUUCACUGUGUUGGGGCUGAUGUCCCCAUGGUGGUGGAUAAUGUUUGGCCUAUAUAUUACCCAAAGCACUGAAUACGGUUUAAUCUGGUUGCUUCAGGAUCGCAGGACAAAGCCUACUCUGGAACUUUCUCUUUGGUGAGAACCUUAUUUUUGUCGUUAAAAGGAAGAAGAUGGGAUUAGAAGAGCAUGCUGUUCGUCCCAGUAAUGACGAUUCCAGAAUUGACAGUUCCGCUGAGGACCUAUCAGCAUCUCAUGAUGAAGAUGUCGAGAAGGGAAAUGGUUCAUUGGUUCGGGCACUGCGCGAGAGGCAUUUGCAGAUGAUCGGAAUUGGUGGCUCUAUUGGCGCUGGUUUGUUUAUUGGAUCUGGACAGGCAUUGAGCAACGGCGGGCCUGCGAGCACGUUUCUGGGAUUUGCAAUCACCGGUGCUAUGGUGCUAUGCAAUUUACAGGCCUUGGCGGAAUUGGCGGUGAUAUAUCCCGUAAAUGGAGCGUUUUACACAUAUGCAUUCCGCUUUAUUGAUCCAGCGUGGGGAUUUGCUAUGGGGUGGCAGUACGCGGUUUCCUGGCUAAUCAUGCUUCCAAUCGAACUUACUUCUGCGGGACUGAUGAUCACCUUUUGGACAUCGGACAUCAAUGUUGGAGUCUGGUCCGCUAUUUUCCUAGUAAUGGUGACUGUGGUUCAAUUCUUUGGCAUCAAGGGCUAUGGAGAGACCGAGUAUAUCCUCGCUCUUGUCAAGGUCAUAACGUGUGUUGGUUUGAUUAUAGUCGGUCUCAUCAUCAACGUUGGCGGUGUGCCUACUGAUAAUCGAGGGUACAUCGGCGGAAGGUAUUGGCAUGAUCCAGGAGCUUUUCGCGAUGGUGCUAAAGGCUUUAUAUCGGUACUGGUGACUGCAGCAUUCGCGUACACAGGCACCGAAAUGAUUGGAUUAGCUGCUGCCGAGACAGUAAAUCCCCGAAAAUCUAUACCAAAGGCGACCAAACAGAUGCUAUGGUGCAUCGUUUUCUUUUACGUUAUUAAUAUCUUGUUCGUCAGUUUAAAUAUUCCCAGUGACAGUCCCGCGCUCCUUGGCGCGAAGGGAGGAAAUAUCAAAGCAAGUCCGUUUGUCAUUGCUGCCGAGCUUGCGGGUAUCAAAGUGCUGCCGUCCAUUAUCAACGCUGUGAUUAUGCUCUCUAUCAUUGGCGCUGCAAAUCUUUGCUCGUAUGGCUCGACACGUACAUUACAAGCUUUGGCUGCCACAGGAAACGCGCCGAAGUUUUUCGCAUAUAUUGACAGCAAAGGACGGCCGGUGUGGUGCAUUCUACUGCAGAUUGCAUUCGGUAUGCUAACAUUUAUAAGUGAAGCAGCAUCUAGCGAAGUUGUCUUCACGUGGAUGAUGGCACUGAGCGGAUUGUCCGGUCUAUUCUUGACGACAAGUAUCUGUUUCACCCACAUCAGAUUCAGGCGAGCGUGGAAGCUCCAAGGGAAGAAUGAGGAGGAUAUUCCAUAUCGUUCACCUUUUGGGGUCGUUGGGAGUAUUAUUGGUAUGGGCCUGUCAACAAUCGCUAUUGUAGCUACGCUUUAUCUUGGAAUAUUUCCUAUCCACGCAACAUCCAGAGUGGAAUUCUUUUUUCAAACAUGCAUGGCUGCACCACUUGCUCUGGUGGCAAUGCUUGGCUGGAAAAUCUACAAGAGAAAUUGGAAGUUUGGCGUUGAUCUGCGGCGUGUCGACCUUGACGAGGGUAGACGAAUGGAUUAUUACUCUUCAGGAGAGGACGAUCAUGAACUAAGGGAAAAGGGUUCAUCCUUGACCAAAAAAGUGGCGCCCUGGAUACACAAGGAGCCGUAUCCAGGGAAAAUGUCUGCGAAACCUUGGGCAUUUCUCAUGGAUGAUUCGCUUAAAGAACACGUUCGACGUGGAUCUACCACACCCAACUCGCUCACUGCUUGAGGGACCGGGGGCGUUAAUAAUAGCCAGUUAACUCCAAUGUGACGAACCGCCGAGAUCACGAUAGCGCCAUGGAUCAGUCGGCAGCCCGACUAGGAAGGGAGAAGAUAUGUGACCCCGUUUGUCCACUCGAUGACCGGAAAUCAUUUACUUUUUUACGCCAUCGCAAGGCCGGAAACAAGUCCGUUUUGCUGGCCGUUAUCUUUCUCUUCGGUAACCUAGACUUCUGUCAAAAUCUGGAGAUCUCAGCUGAACUAGCACCCAUUCAGUCGAAACUGAAAGAGCAGACAUAAAGUUCCUAGAAUAAUAAAUUCAGCUUAAUUGAGACA